GUGGGCGUGGUCUGAGAUGAAGUUUGCGCACACCUGGCCGUGAGCAGGCAGAAGAAAGUACGGGUUAAACGUCACACUUCUAGAUUCAGUUCCGUCUUUAGGUUCAGGUUUGGGGUUUUUGUUUUAAGUCACAGUGGCACACGAGAGAGAGAGAGAGAGAGAGAGAGAGAGAGAGAGACAGAGAGCGCUAUGGGACACUUUUGUCGGUGGUUGUUAGCGGUGUGGUGUGUACAGGUGUGUAGUUCCGGUACAGCGCAGGUCUCCGCGUUUAGUACGGCUUACAUUAACGUGUCUUACGUUACCCCCGAAAUUAACCGGACGAUAUGGCGGCGCGAGGAGAUGGGGCUGUACGGUAUCGAGUCACCGACGUACCCCGUGACUGGGACCGUGUACCUGGCCGAUCCGAUUCACGCAUGCGCCAACGAUACAAGGUUCGCGCGGCCUUCAGUCUCCGCGCCUUGGAUAGCGCUCGUGCAGCGGGGCAACGGCUGCACGUUCUCGUCUAAGAUCAACGCGGCUGCGCGCAGCGGAGCAUCAGCAGCUGUUAUCUUCAAUGACUAUGGCACCGACAACCGAGUCAUCCAGAUGUCACAUCCAGGAAAAACAAUGGACAAUAUUUUCCUACAUAUAGUUCAGACCGAGUGAAAACCGAAAUGAAAU